AUGGCCCUCUCCUGCACCGCCGAGUGCGCACUCUCCCUCGCCUGCGCGCGGUGGUUGGCCCGCCGCCUCUCCCUCUCGGGCGCCGACGACAGCGCGUCGUGGCCCACGGCCUCGUCCGCCUCCUUCGCGCCUGUCCCGCGCGCCUGCCGCGCCGCGCUCGCCGCCUACGACGACGACGAGCAGCCGGGGCUGCCGUCCUCGUCGCCGCUUUGCCCACCAUACCGCCUCCUCCACGACCGCGCCCGCGGGGAGGUGGUGCUCGCCGUGCGCGGCCUCGCCUCGCGCGGCCAGAGGACUACCGCCUCCUCCUCGACGCCGGCGGGCCCGAGCCCUUCGCUGGAGGGCAUGCUCACCGUGGCUUGCUCCGCGCCGCCGAUGAUUUCUUGCCCAGAACUCCGGCACCCCUGCAGCACAUUUUCGGAUCUAUCUUCUGUUUGCCGUGUCUGCUGUGUUUCAUUUGCAUGA